GUGAGUGUGAGUGGGUGAUUGAGUGAGUGUGACUGGGUGAUUGAGUGGGUGAGUGAUUAAGUGAGUAAUUGAGUGAGUGGGUGAGUGAGUGGGGGGUGGGUGAGUGGUCGAUUGAGUGAGUGAGUGGGGGGGUGGGUGAGUGAGUGAGUGAGAGUGAGCCAGGCCUACUCUGGGCACUGAGCCUCUCCGGUAACUGUGGGUGAAGUCAGGGGACUGAUGUCAGCCCAUCGAGGCCUGAAGCCUGAGGGAGUGUGGCCGGCCCUGGAGGAGAAUUUCCUGGCCUUCCCGCUGGGCCGGCGUGAUGCCUACACCCCAAGGCCCGGCCCCGGAUGGGAGCAGGAGGAGGAGGCCGAGAGGCUGAAGGAGGCGCUGAGGAGGAGAGGGCAGGAGUUGUUUCUGAUCGUGGAGUUGGCCAGGGCCCUGGCGGAGAAGGCCGGGCAGCUGGGCCGCCGCAUGGAGCCGCCCGAGUGGGAGACGGAGGGACUGCCGAGAGAGGAGAGGGAGCUGAGUCGGAGGGGCGAGGGACGGUCGAGAAUGAAGGAGCCUCGAGUUCACACGCUGGAAUCCGAGCUACGGGGAGAGAGCAGGGGGGACAGGCUUGCGGAGAGAGGGAGGCCUGGAGAGGAAAGGCCGGACCAGGCACAAAUUUCCGGAUUUCAGGAGAGCAGAUAUUUCCAGAAAUUUCCAGAACGUUCCCGGAGGGAGCUGGAGACUCCAGAGAGACCGGGGAGUGGACAACAGGGUCGAGUACAGGAGGGAGACAGCGCAGAGUUUGAGGAACUGCAGGAGCCGAUCCAGGACAGUGAUCCGCUCCGAGUCUUACAGCAGGCCAUCCACUCCCGGGACGAAGCAAUCCGCAAGAAGCGAGAGUUGGAGCGAGAACUGGAACAAGUUCGGGACGAAAGAGAUUCUCUAAGUCGGCAACUUAUCACCACCGUUCGUCACAAGGCUCGACUUAGUCAAGAACUAGAGGACUGGCAGGAGGAUGUACAGACUAUUCUACGACAGCAGCUACAGACUCAGCAUGGACAGGAGAGGCGUGGGGAGAGUUUGAGGGGAGGGGGUAGAGUCGACACACCUUCCCCUUCCCAAUCUCCCCGGGACCACCGCGGUCUCCUCUCCCUCUUCCGGAAACUCUAAUGGGGAAAGGAGAGCACACCCCUUCCCCUCCCCCCCCCCUCCUCUUCUCUUCUCACCCCGCACCCGUCCCCUUCUCCCCCCAUUCUCCCUCUACCGCCCUCCCCUCCCCUCUCCUUCUCCCCUCACCUUCCCCCUCCCUUUCCUCGUUUCACCCUCUGUCCCGAGACUGUCCCUUAAGGAAGAUGUUCUGUCGAGAAGGGCUGUCCUAAGAAAGACGGUCCCUUUAAGAGAGACUGUCCCUUUCAGUAGGAAAAUACUCCUGAGGACUGUAGCUUUAAGAAGGACUGUCCCUUUAAUACGGACUUUACCUUUAAGAGUGGCUGUCCCAUUACGAAGGACUGUCCUUUUCAGAAAGGGCUGUCCGUUUAUGAAAGACUAUCACUUUAAGGGGGAAAACACCUUCAUGAUGCACUGUCCCUUUAAGAAGGAAUAUACCUUUAAGGUAUGUAUCUUUAAGGACUGCAUCUUUCAAAUACACUGUCGCUUUAAGAAAAAAGUUACACUCAAGGACUGCUCCUUUAAGAAGGACUGCAUCUUUAAGGACUGCCCCUUUAAGAAGGACUGUCCAUUUAAGAAGUCAUAUCUACGGAUUGUACCCCAAAGGACUGCCCUCUUUAAGAAAUGUGGUGCCCUCUGUGAAGACACUUUUAUUUCUCUAGCACAUUUAAAAAACAACUCUCGUUGACCAAAGUGCUUUACAUUGGUGGAGGUACUAACGUUAUACAACAUUGGUUCAUAGAUUAAGUACAUACAUAAAUACAUACAUAUAGCCCUCC